AUGCUAAGCCCUCGUUCCCUUCUCACCUCCUACCCUUCCUUCUUGCCUUGUACCCUUUCUUCUGCCCCUCCCUGUCUCUCUCCCAUCCCCCUAGACCCAUAUACCUCGCUCAUUGCACCAAGUCCCUCAUUCCAACAGGUUCAUCCUGCCUCUCCUACCUUUCCUUCCUCUCAAUCUCUCCUUCCCUUCUGUCCCGUUCUUCCUCUUCCCACCCCUCUUUCUUCCCCUCAACAAAUGGUAUUUUUUAACUCCGUUGCUUCCCGCUUCCUCCCCCAAAUCGUAUUCCUCCUCCUCCGCUGCUUCCCGCUUCCUCCUCCUCCUCUUCCUCCUCCUCCUCCUCCUCCUCCUCCUCCUCCUCCUCCUCCUCCUCCUCCUCCUCCUCCUCCUCCUCCUCCUCCUCCUCCUCCUCCUGCUUAUCUCCCCGCCAGCCCGCUUUCUACAGACGACGGGGAGAACAAGCUUGUUCAGAACCAGAAACCCGUAUCCUCUCCACUCAUAGCCUCCUUCUCCCAUACCCCCUACCCUCUCAUCCUGUCACUGGCCCUCUCCUCCCCUUCCCUCCCCCCCUCUCCCCUCACUCCCUUACCCCCAGCCGUUGUGCCACCUAGCCUCGUUCUCCCAUCCCCCCUACCCUCUCAUUCUGUCACCUGUCCACCUGAAGCUGGCCCCAGCUGUGUCUCCCCUCCUUACAGCUUCUCUGGCGUGUGGGGCCCUUGGUCGAAGCUGGUGCUCGUGCUCAUGAUGCCGCUCGGAGUUUUUCUCUCAGAUGACUCGGAACAAAGUGUGUGGAGCCCUUGGUCCAAGCUGGUUCUCGUGCUGGUAAUGCUGCUGGGCCGCCACAGAGGCCUGCCUGACAACAUCGACGCUGCCAUCUCCCUCCCCAACCGCAACCAGUUCAUUCCUGAACCACCUGCACUGCCUGCCCCACCUUCUGCAUCUGCUGUAUCUGCCGUCCCUGUUGUCGCACCUUGCAUGCGUUCCACGUGUGCACCAAGGUGA